AUGCUGAUUAUUCUUACUACGACAGUGUUGUUCUUAUCAUUAAACUUGGGUGUCAAUGGAGGAUUUUCAUGCGGCACCGAUGGUUUGUUUGCUAAUCCAUAUAAUGCAAGUUCAUUUUUUCAAUGUAAAUCCGGUGCGGCAACUUUGAUGCCUUGUCCAGAGGGACGUGUUUGGAAUCAAGAUAAAGAGUUUUGCCAUUGGAAACCAGCUAAAGUGAAUAAACAACGAUAUCUGAUUGUAGCUGGUGGUAAUACACAGACAGGUAAAUGCUUGGAUAUUGCUGGUGGUAACUCCGAACUUCAUGCUCAAAUUCAAUUGUUCCGUUGUCAUGGAAAUGAAAAUCAACAAUUUGAAUUGAACAAUGAUAAUACUCUUCGUGUCAUGGGCAAAUGUCUGGAUAUUCCCGAUUCGAAUGCACGUGAUCAUCAGUACAUACAAUUAUUUACUUGUCGUCCGGAACAACAAAAUCAACAAUAUUCCUUUGAUCAACACGAUCGUAUCCACGUGAUGGGAAAAUGCUUAGAUGUACCGAAUGGUAAUGUGGUCAAUAAUAAUCCAUUGCAAUUAUUUCGAUGUCACAAUCAACUAAGUCAACGCUUUACAUUGAUACCAGUUUAA